UGUAACACGCGUAUUUCACCAAGACAAGGCCUAAAAGGGAAUAUGUUAUGCUUAAUCUUACAAAGGAUUAUUUUCUUCAAUCUCGUGUGCGAUUAUGUUAGAUGGCAGGCACUGACUUUUCCCACUUACGAUGAAAUACAAAAGGACCGGUUACUGGUUCUUCAGAACGCAUUUUUUUCGACAGAUGAUGGACCGUUGAAUAUUAAGAAAUUAGUUAAUCUUUACUACGAAUUUUGUCCUCGACAACCGUCGCCAUGUGACACUAUGUAUGUGGAACACACUGGGCAGGAUUGGGUAUGGAAUGAGACGUUGAUAUCGGAUAUAUGUCGACAGUGCAGUUGUAAGCCGGACUGUAUGUUCCAGAAAAACUGCUGUCCUGGAUCAAUUUUCGGAUACAUGAAAACACACUUUGUGGAAAUGACUCUCAACUUUAAUUACACGGAACGUAAUGGCAUUGUCUUCAACUGGUUUUAUUUCAUACAAAAGUGUUUCCCUAUACUUUACCAUGGCGAUGACUUUAACAUACUAGAACAAAACUGUAACGAUAAGUCGAAAUGGUCUCCAGUAACAUCAAACCUCACUGGAAUACCAUACUAUAACUAUUACUGUGCUCAAUGUAAUGGUGUGUUUAGCUAUACUUCUUGGAGCAGUGUUUACACCUGUACUGACAGCUCCUUCGAACCUUUUUCAGCUGAGAAAAUAAGGCGACACUUGGAGUCCGGCCAGUGCUAUCUUAUGCACUUCUACGGUGACGAUUACAACAUAGAUAAGCAAGACUGGGCGUUCCUAUUCGAAUUGACAGAUAGGAACUUAACAUAUGAGAGAUGCAAUGAGACCGGUCUUUGGGAAAUCUAUGACCCAGAUGUUGAUUUUGCAUGUAAAACAUUCGUGACGCCUUACAAAAAAGUGUAUUCAAAUGUUUUCUGCUACAUUUGUAACCCUUCCAUUGCGUCACACUAUCACCAUACGACAGAUCUAGUUAUUGAUACAUGUCCUGAAGGUUUAAAUGAAACAGCAAACUAUGCAACGACGACGCCACGUUUGUUUCCGUUUAAAAAUAUUUAUUACUUGGUCUGCAAUGGCGGAUAUAUUAUUAAAUCUGAAAGUGAAAUCAGUGAUCCCCCGACAUGGCAAAUCCAAAAAUCCAUUGGACCUGGGAUCUAUAGCUACAGGUUGUAUUACUAUACUAUCAACUUUGUACGCAUUCUUGAAAUACUUACCGAACUAAAGGGAAGUGAACAUACAGUUUUAAACACUACAUACGAGCAUAUUGUUUUUACUAAUGGGAUGUUUUGUAAGACAAGAAAUACACAAUUUAAAUACUCGUGCGCUAACAGAAACAUCUUCUAUUCGUAUGAGUGUAAAACAAAUACUAGUACUGUGAACACAACGCUCAAUGACAGUUUCCGAAAUGUUGUUGAUUUUAUUGCAUACUACGUCUAUUGCCUCAACGAUAUCCAAGUUUCAACACAUAUAGACCUUUGCAAAGAGCCAAGGGAGAGUUUGUAUGACAACCGCUUACACUUACCAUGUCUUAUAGGUUGGAACUCAUCUUUCGUUUCCGUACAAAUCGACAUACAUUGCCCAUCUGAACUCGAAGGGAAUUUGUUUUUUAGGACAGAUACGCUACUGGACGCCGCAUCAAAAUUCUGCAAUGUAAAAGUAAUUCCAAACCAGGACGUGUACGAAGAACUUUCUAAAGAGCCGUCUGUUGAUGAGUGUUACGAUAUCCCUUGGUAUUUUGGCUAUCAAUCCACGUGCCGAAACUCACUGGGCAACUACGAAUUAUCUACGUUCAGACGUCUUUUCGCGCCAAACCCCGAAUACUUCAGUGUUAACAAACAAACGUACAACACGUCUGUCGCUGGUGACUUAAAAUACGAGGUACAGGGCAAAUUAGUUUGUGCUGAAGGCCGUGUCAUUGUGGGCACCGCAUGCGUGUACAGUGUCGAUGUAAACCCCCUCCGUGUAUUGUACGUGCUCCAAAUUGGGUACAAAAUGGGUUCUAGCAAUCAAAUGUACGAUUUUAAAAAUCUAUCAAAUUUAAUAUGUGACCAAUUAUCUGGCGAGCUUGAAAAUAAACUACAAUUGAACCAAACAAAGUCUGAAAUAAGGGCCUGCAGCGUAUUUGACAACAAUGACUAUUUAAGCUCAGACAUACAAACAACUUCGACAAAUGUUGUGCUAACAAUUUUACAAAUCUAUCUCUAUUCAACCAACAGUUUAACUGUGUUCGAAAAUACAUUAGUUGACUCUAUCACUAUGCCACUUGCUGUGAAGGCUGGCUCUCAAACGAUACACCUCACCACGUAUGGUAUCAACAACGAAUGUUCUGACAACAACAAAUGCAUGGACAAGUUCCGUGAUCACCUCUUGUCCGGAUAUAAUGUUAUCCAUGUAAACAAGUUUUUAGCGUGCCCUAUGGUUGAAAUUCCAGAGUCUAACUACACCUUCACGGAUAGAAACAAAUCGGUUAUCUUCCACGACUACAAGACUGAACUUCCUCUGCGCGAUGUGGAGUUGUACGAGUCGUACAUCAGAGUGUGUGUAACGGAUGUCCUAAAGCCUGUGGUGGAACUAAAGCAGUUUUACAUCACACCUCAAUUCUUUUCAUAUAAAGUCAUUGACAGUCUCUGUACAACUGUAUCGUUUAUCUGUAUGAUAUUAUCUUUGAUAGUUUAUUUUGUAUUUAAAGAACUAAGGAAUACCUUUGGCAUUAAUAAUAUGAGUUUGAUUUUCUGCCUCUUGUCUGCUCAGACGUUCGCAAAGUUUGGGCUAUGGGCUACAAAUCUUCCACAAGCAUGUGUCGUCUUUGGUUUCUGUAUACAUUAUUUUUGGCUUUCAACGUUUCUUGCUAUGAAUGUAUGUGCGUAUCAUAUAUUUCGUGUAUUUGUACAAAAACCAUUUGCUUUGGCUUCAUCAUUUUCAUAUAAGCUGCAAAUUAAGUAUGCUUUUUAUAUCUACUGCACCCCUUUUCUGGUUUUGGUUACAACAUUUCUCGUGAAUUAUUUGCGGAUUGGAAUGAUUGGUUACGGGACCGAUAUCUGUUUUAUAAACGAUCGUCCUACACAAUUGGCAGCGUUCCUGUUGCCAAUAACUGCUUUACUCAUAAUCAAUGUCGGUUUGUUUCUUAAAACCAUCAUUGUUCUGCGGAGAUCGGAAGUACAAUCCUCCUCUAGGGAAAGAAAUUAUUUCAAAAUUUACAUAAAGGUCUCUGCUCUUCUUGGCAUCACUUGGCCUCUGAUAAUUGUUGACGCGAUGUUUGAGAUGUCGGUGUUCUCGUAUCUUGCUCUUGCCGCCUCCUCGUUGCAAGGUGUUUAUAUUUUCAUAGCCUUCACAUGUAACAUGAAAGUAUGGGGGUUGGUGAAAUCUAUGUGCUUUUGCUUAAAACGCAAACCGGUUUCAAAAUCGUAUGAUUUAUGAUUCGGAGAAGACGCAAAACAAGAAGAAGAAGAAGAAGAAGAAGAAGAAGAAGAAGAAGAAGAAGAAGAAGACUAAAGGUUAUUCAAAAGAAAUACAAAUUGAAAUAGGCCGAUAUGGCCCGUGAUGAAAUUAAUGUAAAACAAUAGCUUAUAUAAAACA